AUGAAGGCUAUCAUCUUCACCGAACCUAAGCAGAUUCGCUUGGUAACCGACCGACCUCUGCCACCGAUUCGGGACAACACCGUUCUUGUCAAAGUGGUAACCGUCGCCCUCAAUCCAACUGAUUGGAAACAUGUUGCAUUCGGAAUGGCCAAGGAAGGUUGCGUGCUCGGCGUUGACUACGCGGGUGUUGUGGAACAGAGCAAUUCGCCGGGCUGGGUGAAAGGCGAUCGCAUUUGUGGUUUCGCCCAUGGUGGAAACUCAAUCCAAACCGAAGACGGUACCUUCGCGGAGUAUAUCGUCGCGCCCUUGUUUACUGCUAUCAAAAUUCCACCAGGGGUUUCCUUCGAAGCAGCGUCCACCUUGGGGUGUGGAAUUACCACUGUGGGCCAAGGCCUCUUUGAGCCGGGCUACGGGCUCGGCCUUAAUACGCCGUCCAAACCGAUCACUACUCAGGUACCAGUUUUGAUCUAUGGUGGAAGCUCCGCAACAGGUUCUUUGGGAAUACAGUUUGCUAAGGCAGCAGGCUACUCCGUAAUCACCACUUGCUCACCGAAGAACUUUGAAAUGGUUCGCGCCCGCGGAGCCAGCGAGGUCUUUGAUACCCAUGACCCUGAAAUCGGUAGAAAGAUCAACGAUUACACGAAUAACCAACUGCAAUACGCCUGGGAUUGUAUCGGAACCGAUGAAUCAGCCCGGGCUUGUGCCAACGGACUCACAACCAACCCUGGAGCACACUAUGGCACUAUUCGCGCACCGAAAUUGCCUCGAGAUGAUGUCAAAUAUACUGCCACCAUGGCUUAUGUCGGCAUCGGUGAAGACUUUGAAAAGGGUGGCAAUUGGACUUGUAACAAUGAGGCGCAUGCUUUAUGGCAGACCAAGAUUUGGAAAAUUGCGUACGAUUUACUAGCGACAGGAAAGAUACAAGUCCAUCCUACUCGGGUGGAAAAUACCGGGUUUGAAGGAAUUCUGGCUGGUCUGAAAGAGUUGGAGAAUGGAGCUGUCUCAGGGCAGAAGCUAGUCUAUGUACUAUAA